AUGAGCCGGGUCAUGUCUCCGCCGCCGGUACAAAAGGACCUUGAAGCACAUAAACGAAGACUCAGACUCCUCCCACGACCCAUCCGAACACUCUCAUUCUCCUCCAAACACACGUCCUCCUCCCCAACCACGCUCUCUUCCCCCGUGCACGCGGGCACCCGCGCUUCCACCUCGCGCACUCCCACAACGGCAAUAACAACGGUUCUACCCGAAUCCCAAUCUCCCUCCGGAUCCCCCUCCAAAUCACUCCGCCGCAUCUCCACCGCAAGCAGAUACUUCCGCCCCUCAGCACUCAAGCGCCUCUUUACUCCCUCAACCGCCGCCGCAGCCGCAGCCUCACCCACCACAUCGACAACACCAGCCAAUCCACACACCUCUUCUCCGCCCGACCCACCCCAGCGACCACCCCUCACCCGCCUGCGCGACGCCUCCUCGUCAAUCAUCACAUACCACCGCGGCCGCAUCCUCGACCGCGACCGGCGCGCAGAACGCUACUGCAAGAUUCCCCUGACCCAGUGGAACCUGGAGAACCUGCAGACGGAGCUUGCCAGACAGCAGACCAGCGUCGAUCCGGAGAGCAGUUCGAACAUCCAUGGGCGGAAAAGUGGCGACCCGGAGGAAGAGGGCGCGGUGGUGAUCGAGGAUGAUGGGGCGGUUAGGGUGUUGGGGCUGGAGAAGAGCGAUGGCGGUCGGGGGGAGCGGAAGGUCACGAAUGAGUCGUCGGGGUCUGGGCCGAGUCCGAGUCGGCGGAAAGCGGAGAAGGUGGUUCUGCCGUGGUUGGAAGAUGUCGCGGUUUGA